UCGCGGUCCCUGAACGGAUUGCCGCCGUGGGGUGCGGACGGCAGGGUAAAAAGGGGAGGCCGAGUCUCCGCUGGGAGAAGACAGCGGAAUCGAGAGGAAGGCCACGCGGAGAUGGGGGGCAGCACCCGGAGCCCGGGAGUCCUGCAAAGGGACGACGCCUCCAGCCAGUCUCGGUACCAGCGGUUAAGUCAAAGGAUGCUGGACCUUUCCGGGGACCGGGGCGUGCUGAAGGAUGUCAUCCGAGAGGGUUCCGGAGAGUUGGUGACACCAGACGCUUCGGUGCUCGUGAAAUAUUCUGGGUAUCUGGAGCACAUGGACAAGCCUUUUGAUUCCAAUUGCUUUAGGAAAACCCCUCGGCUCAUGAAACUUGGAGAGGAUAUCACACUUUGGGGCAUGGAGUUGGGCCUUCUGAGCAUGCGGAGAGGAGAGGUGGCCAGGUUUCUGUUCAAACCGACCUACGCUUACGGAAUGCUGGGCUGUCCUCCCCUGAUCCCCCCAAACGCUACCGUCUUGUUUGAGAUCGAGCUGCUUGACUUCCUGGAUUCUGCUGAGUCAGACAAGUUUUGUGUCCUCUCAGCCGAGCAACAGGAUCAGUUUCCACUUCAGAAGGUCCUAAAAGUGGCAGCUACUGAACGGGAGUUUGGCAACUACCUUUUCCGCCAAAAUCGUUUCUAUGAUGCCAAAGUGAGAUAUAAACGGGCCUUGUUGCUUCUCCACCGGCGAUCAGCACCCGCUGAAGAGCAGCUCCUGGUGGAGACCGCCAAGCUGCUUGUUCUCCUUAACCUGUCCUUUACGUACCUGAAGCUGGAGCGACCCACCAUGGCCCUGCGCUAUGGAGAGCAGGCUCUAGUCAUUGACCAAAAGAACACCAAGGCCCUCUUCCGAUGUGGACAGGCCUGCCUCCUCAUGACUGAGUAUCAGAAGGCCCGGGAUUUUCUAGUCCGAGCCCAGAAGGAACAGCCCUUCAAUCACGACAUCAAUAACGAGCUGAAGAAACUGGCCAGCUAUUACCGCGAUUACCUGGGUAAAGAGAAAGAAAUGUGUCACCGAAUGUUUGCUCCUGGUGAACAUGGCUCUACAGUAGGAGAAAACUAAAGAUUCCUCAGCUAACUACAAGCAAGAGAAGAGAGGCUGCCCAGUUCUCCAUCGUUAUGGGGGGUGGCGAGGGAGCUUUCUGGAAGGAACUCCU